AUGAAACUCCUGCUCUACGCAAAUGACCUGGUCCUGCUGUCCCCCACAGAGCAGGGGCUGCAGCAGAGCCUGGCACUGCUACAGCAGUACUGUCACACCUGGGCACUGACAGUGACGCCCAUGAGUGUGGACAUUGACCCUGACAGCGGUGGCACACUAGUAACCAAGGAUACCGAGGAACCAGGAACCACUUCGGUCGGGAACUCGACCUCUAUCUCCACUGGAAAGGCGGACUCCCCCCACAGGGCCGCGAUGGAAAGCGCGUCCUCGUCUGAAUAUAGUGCCUGGUCUUCCUGCUCGCCCUGUUCCCAUGGGGAGAUUAGGGGACGAUACAGCGACUCUCAGUGGCACUGGGGCUCUAUCGUUGAGAUUCCCAGUUCUAUUAUCGGGGUUAUUGAUGGCAGCUUUGAAGUGGGUAAUUUUCUGGUAUUACCAUUGGUAAGCUACUUUGGAGCAAAGUUUCACAGACCAAAAAUAAUCGGUGGUGGAUGCAUGAUGAUGUCUAUUGGAACUUUACUCACAGCGCUACCUCAUUUCCUCAUGGGACACUAUAACUACGAAACAACAAUAUCAGCUUCAACUAACUCCAGCACAGCGAGCUUCCCGUGUUCACAAGACCCAGGCCAGCUUACUGAGCUUGAUUGUCCAGGUUGUGAACAUGAUGGAGGCUCCCUGAUGUGGGUUGCUGUGCUGCUGGGGAAAAUGCUACGAGGGGUUGGUGAAGCAAGCAUUACACCGCUGGGAAUUUCAUUCAUUGAUGAUUUCGCCAGCCCAGAAAACUCAGCCUUUUACAUUGGGUGCCUCCAUACCUUUUCAUUGAUUGGACCUCUUUUUGGGUUCACGCUGGGUGCGUUUUGUGCAAGGCUGUAUGUAGACAUCGGGUUUGUUGAUCUUGGAAGUAUUGCCAUAUCAAUGAAGGAUUCCCGUUGGGUCAAUGCUUGGUGGCUUGGCUUUAUAAUCGCUGGAGGAACCAGCUUGCUUUCUGCAUUUCCAUUCUUUUUUCUGCCUAAAACACUGCCUAAAGAAGAGGGUUCAGAAAAAGAUUCCAGCACUACAGCAGAACAAAAUUUGUUACAAGGAAACCAGCAAACAAAUACAACAGAUGAGCAUCCCAAACUCAUAGGGUUUUUUGCAGCUUUGAAGCAUCUACUCACAAACAAGAUCUAUGUAUUCUAUCUAAUCGCGAUCAUUAUAAUGGUCAAUGGGGUCAUCAUUUUGAUAACGUACACACCAAAAUACUUAGAACAACAGUUUGGAGAAUCUGCAUCCAAAGCUAACUUUUUAAUAGUGAACCAGUGGGAGCCAGUGUGCGGAGAGAAUGGGAUGACGUACGUUUCCCCUGGCUUUGCUGGUUGUAACAUACCCAGAGGAAGUGGAAAAAACACGACGUUUUAUGCCUGCAGAUGUAUUGAAGCUUUUCCUAAGCCAGGAUCUGGGAAUUUCUCGGCACUUCUGGGCCAGUGCCCCCGAGAGGACAAGUGUUCCAGAAUGUUAAUAUAUUACUUGGCAUUCCAGUCCUUGAGCUUCUUCGUGUUCUCUCUGGGAAACAUACCGCUGUACAUUAUAAGCAUCAGGUGUGUUGAUCCAGACCUGAAAUCACUGUCUGUGGGCAUCUUCACAAUGGCACUUAGGUUACUAACAUCUAGAAAUGCAUUGAUUUACUAAUAAGAAAUGUUAAUGAAUUGACAAUAUUUUGGAGCCCUGAUUGACACAACAUGCAUGAAAUGGGGGACCAAGAAGUGUGGGGGUCGUGGAGCAUGCAGGGUGUACAACAACGUCUCAUUCAGGCUCCUCUUCCUUGGAUUAAUAUUGGGCCAGCGCAUGAUGAGUUACAUCUUUUUAGGGUUUGUCAUCGCUCAGAUAAAGAAAUUUACAAGAGACUACAGAAAAGCUUCUGCUGAACAACGUCCUUCCUGAGCAGAAACCUGCUGGUCUGAGUGAGAAGGAAGUGGAAACCAGCACCUAAACAUCGUGAUCUGCAGCAGUGUGUUUCAUUUAAAUGUGCAUAAGAGGGGCUCUGGGUGGAAAAGGUGCAGAAACACUGAUGUAGUAUGUUAUGCAAAGAGUCAAGGUAAUCAACAGGUGUAUUGCAAGCAGCUGCUCUCUAAUGGGACUCUAGUGUUAUCACACAACAGAAAGGCUGAAAGGCUUACUUUAUACAUCUUCAAUUUGGAAAUAUAUUUCAUUUCUUAUGUAUCCUAUGUAUAUUUUGUGUAAUUCUCAUUUACUUAAGCACAUUUCUGUUUCUGUUUACAUCAUUCUUCACUAGGUUUAGUAACUGAUGUCAUUUUUUCAACCACAGGAAUUCUUCUGAAAAGACUCCUAAGUGAUACAAAGUGAGUUUGUCUUAGAAAUUACCACUAGGGAUGUGCAACUAAUUUCUGCCCCAUUUGAAAUUGUGGCAGCUGUGAGUUAAUGAAUGACAGUGGUCGUUUCUUUCAGCCCCUUCACUUAAGAAAUCCAGCUUAGGAGCC